CUUCUUAUUGUGUAGCUCAGGCAUUAGGAGACCUGAGGAUGAAGCUCCUGUUCGCGGCCGCCUUCGCAGUGUUUGUGCUGUCCUCCCUGGACCGGGCGGAGUCCUCCGCUUACGACAAGAUCGUCACCCACAGUCGCAUCAGGGCCAAGGACAAGGGACCCAACGUGUGCGCGCUCCAGCAGGUCAAUGGGACCAAAAAGAAAUACUUCAGCACUUGCAGGAACUGGUACCGUGGCACCAUCUGUGGAAAGAAAGCGACGGUGCUGUAUGAAUGCUGCCCUGGCUAUAUGAAGCUGGAUGGCAUGCCUGGAUGCUCAGCAGUGGCACCCAUUGACCACGUGUAUGGCACACUGGGUCCUGUGCACGCUACGACCACCCAGAGGUAUGCAGACAUAUCAAAGCUCAGGCCAGAGAUUGAAGGGGGAGGCUCGUUCACGAUGUUUGCUCCCAGCAACGAGGCCUGGGAGAUGUUGGACCGCGAGAUGCGGUCCGCUCUGGAGAGCAACGUGAACGUCGAGCUGAAAAACGCCCUUCACUACCACAUGGUCAACAAGCGCCUGCUGACCAAAGACCUGAAGGACGGGCUCACCCUCACCUCCAUGAACAACGACCUGGGCCUCUACAUCAACCACUACCCCAACGGGAUCGUCACGGUGAACUGCGCCAGGAUUAUCCACGGCAACCAGGUGGCCACUAACGGGGUGGUGCACGUGGUGGACCGCGUCAUCACCGCCGCAGGAAACACCAUCCGAGACGUCCUGGAAGUCGACGACGACCUGUCCUCUUUGAUGGCCGUAGCUGAGAAUUCUGGCUUGCUUGGCAAACUGGGGGAGCCAGGGCAGUUUACUCUAUUCGCCCCCACCAACAAGGCCUUCGACGAGUUGGACAGCGAUGUCCUGAAUAGGCUGAUGGGGGAUAAGGGAGUCCUCAAAGCGCUGCUGCAGUUCCACCUGCUGAACUCGGCCCAGUGCUCGGAGGCCAUCAUGGCCGGAACCUCCUUCGAGACGUUGGAGGGUCACAACAUCGAGAUCGGCUGCGACGGGGAGAGCCUGACGGUCAACGGCGUCAAGAUGGUGCUGAAGAAGGACAUCGUCACCACCAACGGGGUCAUCCACCUCAUCGACAAGGUGCUGAUCCCUGAUUCAGCCAAACAGGUGACGGAGCUGGUGGGCGACUCCCAGGGUACGUUUGGGGAUAUGGUCGCUGAGCUGGGACUAGCUGCUGCCAUGAGACCAGGGGAGGAUUACACUCUCCUGGCACCAGUCAAUACAGCUUUCAAUGAUGAGGUGAUGGCCAUGGAUCAUAGCCUCCUCAAGAUCAUUCUGGAGAACCACGUCCUGAGGAAGAAGUUCCUCCUGAGCGAGUUGUACAAUGGCCAGCGCUUGGAGAGCAUCGGUGGGAAGAACGUGAGAGUGUUCAUCUACCGCAAUUCCGUCUGCAUUGAGAACUCCUGCAUGUUGAGGGGCAGCAAGGAGGGGCGCAACGGGGCCCUCCACCUGAUGAGGGGUCUCAUACGGCCGGCCGAGAAGAGCAUGUUCCAGAUCCUGACGGCCGACGGGCGUUUCAAGGUGUUCCUGUCCCUGAUAGAGGCUGCCGGUCUGACCGAUUUGCUCAAUCAAGAGGGCGAAUUCACCCUGUUCGCCCCCACCGAUGACGCGUUCCAGGGCAUGAGCCAACGGGACAUAGCACUGCUCACAAGUGACAUCAAUGCCCUGAGGACAAUUCUGCUGUACCACCUGACCAAUAGCGUGUCCAUUGGUAGUGCCUUGGAGGGCGGAGUCACCAACCUGCUCAAGUCCUUGCAGGGAAACAAUCUCAAAGUGCUCUCUGACAAAAGUGGAGCUUUCCGGGUGAACACUGUGGGUGUAGAGGACUCUGACCUCAUGGCGUCGAAUGGAGUCAUCCACAUUGUGAAACGCCUACUGUACCCAUCAGAGCUGCCGGUGGGAAGCCAAGACUUGCUCUCUCUGUUGCGAAGACUGAUCACGCAAAUCCAGUUCAGGUAUGUGGCUGGACACAAAUAUAAGGAAAUUCCUCUAACUUUCAUGAAGCGAAUUAUCACCCGUGUCAUCGAAACAGACCCAGAAGUUACCACGCUCACUAGGGUAAUUCAGGGGGAACCAGAGAUUACCAGGAUCACAAAGGUCAUUGAAGGAGAACCCACCCUUACCCACGUCACAAGAGUCAUUCAAGGAGAGCCAACUGUUACCAGGAUCACAAAGGUCGUUGAAGGAGAUCCCACCCUUACCCACGUCACAAGAGUCAUUCAAGGAGAGCCAACUGUUACCAGGAUCACAAAGGUCGUUGAAGGAGAUCCAACUAUUACCAAGGUGACAAGAGUCAUCGAAGGAGAGCCAAACUACACGCAAUUCACCAAAGUCAUCGCAGGUGAUGUGGAGAGUGAGGCGGAUCUGAAGAGGCUUCUGGAGGAAGGGACCAGCUACUCCCAGUUCACCACCAUUGAGGGGAACCCUUCAGCCAUUGAGAGAGACACAGAAGAAAUAGCCAGAGUCAUCCAAGGAGGCACAACGAGACGUGUCCAAGGCAGAAAAGUUAAAACUGGCACCCGGAGACGAACAAGAGGGUCCCGCCAGUGAGCGGGGGCAGAACACAACACCCUGACAUCACCAAUAUGAGGAGCUGGGAUCAUCGGACAUCAGGAGAGCCACGGGGCACUCUGCUCGACAGAGAACUGGUUGUGAAUCCACGAGACUCAUUAAAUUAAAUAAGAAAUAAAAAACAAUUAAAGCAACAAUCUUUGUGAAAGCGAAUAUCGGUGUUUGUACAUCUCUACAUGAAAUGAAAAGCCUGGUACAAAAACGUGGUCCAGAAUCAGCCAGUAACAUAUGGAAGCCCUAUGCAAGCUAUUUGUGUGUGUGUGUAUGUCUGUGUGUUUGCCAUCAUUAAUAUUAUACAGAUCAGCAGGGAACAGCAAGUGAAAUGAGACUAAGGAGUGCAUGUCUGUAAAUGACUUUAUUUGCAACAUGGGAAGAAAGGUUUAUGGGGCAGCUUGGGGCAUUUACCUCUGCAUGACAGAUUCCAAAAAAAAAAUCAUGAUUUUGAUGGUGCUUGCAUUCUAGUUCAGAAUGCUACUUUUCAGAUUAAAUAAACAAUGCUUGGCGACUUUAAAGUGCUCUCUGUAAAUGACAUAUCUUGACAAUUGCCACAAUUGUUGUGUGUAAAGUUGUGCUCUUUCAGAGGUUAAUGCUUCCCUCACGUUUUUUUUCAUUUUCUUUUGGUUUUUGUUGCUUGUUCUGAAAUGUAACGUAUGUUCUGCAGCCUCUAUGGUUUUUAAAACCUUUCUGAAAAAGCAUUUUAUUGGUUCCUGAUGUCCACAGUGCUUCACACGUUCUUUGCUACAAACUUCACCUUUGAAACAAGUGUGCAAAUAAAAUCUAUUAUGGGUGUUAA